UAUGAUAAGAUGCAUCAAGUGAGAUUAAAUUUGUGGUAGUUAUGAUUAGUUUUAUGCUAGUUGCUAAUGAGAAAUUUGCGUCAUAGAUGUACAACACUUCUUUAGUUUAUACAACUUUUUGGUUAUACACGAUAGGUAGAAGUAGGACGCAGCACGAUAUUUAUGUGUAUUGUAUGAAUUUUUGCGUAUGACUAAGUUUGGGCGUGUACAUACGACAUUUUGUUGUCCGAUGUGGCGAAAAUUGCUGAACAUUAUAUACAUGUGUCAAAUGCAUAAUAUAGUGAAAUGAUAUUCGAAGUCUUUGAUUUAUAGGUAUAUGGACACCAAUGGCCCAACGCAUCAUAUUGAUGUUAGUCCAAAAAUGUGUGUUGCUUGUGUUGCUAAAAUGGUCAUAAAAUGAUAAGAGAUUCAUAUGGUCAAGAUUGAACUAGUUGCCAAUUGCUUAAUUAUUCGAUUUUUUUUUUCAUUUAAACGAUUAAAGAAACUCUUACAUGACUCUUAAAAUUGAUGACAUUUGUUCAAAUCAAUAUGGGCCUCUCAUCGUACUCAAACCCUUCUGAUGCGGGAAUCAUGUGUGUGAUUCUAGUUAAGACGGCCGUGUCUAUAUCUAUCAUGAAGGAGCUGCUUCGGUCCAUCCUACGUUUCAUCGGUUUUCGCAUGGCAUCAUGGGAUGAGUUUUCAAGUCAAUCCCUCACAGAACCAGUCGAAGGCCGAGGAAGCCCUUCAAAAAGCUACAUGGAUGAGUUCAGAAGCCGGACCCCUACUCUUCGGUACGAGUCCCUUUCUUGCACCACAAAACAAGAAUGUUCUGUUUGCUUGGUUGAGUUCAAACCAGAUGCAGAGAUAAAUUGUCUCUCGUGUGGACAUGUUUUCCAUAAAUCUUGCCUUGAGAAAUGGUUAAACUACUGGAACAUAACUUGCCCUCUUUGUAGAAACCACAUAAUGGCACCCACAGAAAUGGAAGAAAACACUUGCCCUAUGUGAACAUUUUAGACAAACGUCUAGUGUUUAUUCGUCAUUUUUAGGUGUGUUAGUGUACAGGAUGAGUCCAUAUUAGUGGCCCAUAUGCACUUUGUAAAUAUUGAAUCUGUAUGGUUUCCGGUGUCAUAUGCAUCUGAGAAACUGAAAAGCUAUGUCUUUUCGCUUUUGUUAUAGUCAUAUUUAGAAAAACGAUGUUUAUCAUGUUUAGCUAAGUUAGUGCACAUGGUAGAGUCAGUUUUCAUUAUGCACUUAGUGUACAUGUAUCAACUCUGUAUGGUUUCCGGUGUCGUAUGCAUCUGAGAAGCUGAAAAGUGUUGUCUUUUCGCUUUUGUUAUAGUUGAAUUAGAAAAAGCGAUGUUUUAUCAACAUAUUAAUGAAUGUAUUACAUAUAUAUUUCAAUACAAGUACUAGAUCUAUUAGCAUU